AUGCGUUUUCGAACCUUCUUCUCGCCGCUGCUUUGGCUAGGGCUGACGUUCUUUUUCAAUGAAUUUUUCAUCUACGAGCUCAACGUGCGAGCUAGUUGUGGCUGGAUCGGGGAUGAUGAUGAGGUGUCCCAGCGUUUCUUCAUGAUCUCCGACACGCAUCUCCUCGGAAUUUACAAGGGGCAUUGGUUUGACAAGUUGCGAAGAGAAUGGCAAAUGUGGCGGUCUUAUCGGUCUGCCGUCAACUAUUUCCGGCCCAAGACUGUGUUCUUUCUAGGGGAUUUGAUGGACGAGGGCCAGUGGACAGACGAUGCGCUUUUUGCGCAGUACGCCUCGCGCUUUGAGGAGCUUUUUGGGCCUCGCGACGAAGAGGAAAUGAAAGUCUACGUUCUGCCCGGAAAUCACGAUCUGGGAUUUCAUUAUGUCCUCGAUCCCCAGCGAGUCACCUGGUUUGCCGAUCGUUUUCGCACGAGGCCGGUGGAGACGUUGAUAUUGGGUGGGCAACCCUUCGUUCUCGUCACUUCAAUGGCAUUAGAAGGAGACGGAUGCCGACUAUGCGCAGAAGCGGAAAUGGAGCUCGCGCGCCUCGGACGGCUGCUCAAAUGCGCCAAAAAUUCGAGUUGCCAUGAUCGAGAAGCCGCACAGUUUCGGCCAUAUCAACCGCCGAUCCUGCUGCAGCAUUUUCCACUGUUUAGGCUCAACGACUCGGUUUGCGCGCGUGACGACGACUUUGACUGGUCGGACCCGACGCGCGACGAGAAAUUUAGACCCGGCUGGGAUUGUCUCACCUCGGCGGCUACGGAUAAGCUCGUGGAGUGGCUCGAGCCCCGAGCAGCUUUUGCCGGGCACACGCAUCGGGGCUGUAAGAGGAGAUUUGAGACCCGUUUCGGCACGUUCAACGAGUGGACGGUCAAUUCGUUUUCGUGGCGCAACGGGCCAAAGCCCUCAUUUUUAAUGGUAACAGUCAGCGCCGGCCAGGUCAAUGUAUCUACUUGUCAUUUACCAAAUGAAAACUUUGUCAAGACGCCGAGCAACUCUGUAGCGAUAUUCAAGCAAUCAUUCCAUGCG